AUGUUAGCCACACACGGCGUCAACGCCGCUCAAGGCUGGUAUGGAUCAUCCCACGGAGCCACCUCCUCAACGCCAAUGUGGAACGCAGCAUCGUCCCCUGCGUUUGGCCACACUCACCCUUACGACUCGUCUAGCCAAAGUGGAUCGUGGCAGCAUCAAUCAGCAACACAAAAUGGCGCCAUUGCCCAUCAGACAGGCUCCCAAAUGUCGCACACGCUUAGCAGCGCCUCCCCUCCAGGCCCUCAGGCUGCAGGCGGCUACAUUGCGACAGGCCGCAAGCGCAAGCGUCUGCAAAGAGCUUGCGUGUCUUGCCACAAGGCCAAACGCCGCUGUGACGGGGGUCUUCCUUGCUCGAACUGCGACUUCAGGUAAGUGUCUUGAUGUCGCAACGCGCACACAACGACGCUUCGGUAGACUGACACCAUGCUUCAUCGACGUCCUGCAGCGGGCGUACCUGCUCCUACUCUGAUGCCCAGGGAAACGUCGUACCACCCACGCAAAGAUCAUGUCCUCCCAGUGCAGCGCCCUCAGCUCCAUCUGCUGCGGCGCCCUCGAACAUGCCACCGCCAGUCCACAGCAACUCCCCCGUCAUGAACAUGCAUGCCAGAUUACACAGCAGCUCUAGCGCGUCUAUGAGCUCCGAUCAUGCACCGUCACAGAUUGUCAGCUCGUACGCAGCAUCGGCUGGCGCCCAAUCUGCGACGCCUUUCUACCCUCAGUCAGAGCCUCGACAGAUCAGCAGCAUCUAUUCGCGUACUCGCGCUACGUCGUCAUCCGACUAUGCACGCUCUCCCAAGUCUAGCCUGCGGUCGUGGUCCGAGGGUGCAGAAUGUCCCCCACCAACUCUGGAGCAGCGCACGUCUCUGAUCGAGACCUUCUUCCGACGCAUGCCACCAUUCAAUGCCAUCGUGGAUGAGGCCUCCUUCUCGCGUGACGUCACCAACGACCAAGUCUCGCCUGUCUUGGCCUACAGCGUCUACGCUCUCGCUGCUCGCUUCCAACAACAAACGUACACCGGCGUGCCUGCCUGGGCUGCCGGCGAAGGUUACGCUCAGAGCGCUCGCCGCAUGCUGCACGUCGAAGACACCGAGGGUAACUCGCUGCUCGACACGCCGACGCCGACGUUUGCAACAGCUUUGGCGACGUGUCUUCUUUCUGCGCACGAAUUUGGCAUGAAUCGCACAGUCAGAGCUGGAAUCUACAUCAACCACUGUGCGAGACUUAGCCGCAGCUUGAACCUUCUCAGCAAUCGCACUGAUGGUCAUCGGAACGCAGAUGCGUCGUCUCAGCAGCUAGCGCAACACACUCCACGUUUCGUGUGCGUCGCAGCGAUGCUGGACGCCAUGAUUGCUCUUGUUGUCGGUCAAGCUCCUGCCUUCAGCCCUACCGAGUUGAUCGAGGCGCGAUCUGCCUACUCUACGGACGUUCUCACCUCCGACGAGACGAGCCGUGCCUUCGUACGGCUGUUCGAGAUCACCUCACUGUUGACCAGCGCCAUGGAGGCCAGGCGCACUGGCGUCGCUCCGGUCAACGACCGAACCGUCAGCACUUGGGCCAGCCAGCUCCCCGCCAGUGCCCGCUACGACGCGACGAACCUGGGAAGCGCCUCUCGCGCGCUCAAUGAGAACCACGACAGACGUUUCAUGAGACCACCUACGCCAUCCAUGUCUUCAAUGCAGGCGUGGAUCUGGACCAGCACGCACGUCGUUGCAGAGUGCACCACAUUCUUGCUGGAAGAGCAGACCAGACCAGCCGCACUUGACAACAUCAAGAUCAUCGUCGACGCCAUGGGAGAGGAUUGCAGACGCUCACCACUCGUCUUCCUACCGCUCCUGGUCAUCAGCGCUCACAUGCAAUCUAGCACUCCCGAGGUCGCACGCUGGUGGGACGUUGCCCGAACCUACUGGUGCCUGCAGCCCAACGCCACGGCGCAUCUCGUGAGCUUGCUGCAGAAAGCCACACCCACGUCGUCCAGCUUUCGACUGGGCUCGCGCUCGCCUCCCAACAAGGGCUCGAACAUUCCGGCCCUGGUCCUUCCGUCACCUGCCGGAUACGGGCUUCGCCGAAGUCCCUCGGCACAUUCGACGCCUGGACUAGGAUCGCGUCCGAACUUGCCAGCUUCGCCACCCUCAUCGCUCCGUGAGCGCGAUUCGGCAAAACUGCCAAGGCACCACUCGAGCGCAUCAGGCAAUUUCCUGCCCUCCUUGAAUCGUCUGCCUUCGCUUCGACUGAGCCCACCUUUUGUCAACGGCGACAAGAGCAGUCAAGGGGACGAUCAAGCUGCUUCCAUCGGUGCUUCUUCCCCGUCCAACUCGAGCGUCACUGGCCCUUCGUACGAGUCCGUCUCUGCCAACACAUCUUCCAACGGUCCUCGAUCUCACAAUCAGGCACCACUGUCCGUGCUCGAUGGUGCGCGCAACGUCUGGGGUCCCUUUGCCGGCUCUCGCGACCGUGAUGCGCGCAAGGCUUUUGUCUGA